GGGACGUGCGCGCGCUCCGAGAGGUACGUUCAACCGCUCUUGCCAACAUGUCGGCGUUGUUCUAAAGUCUGUGGAUUUCUUUUACGCCCCCGAACCAUAUUAAAAUACGUAUGUUUCUAUGAUAUGUAAUGUUUUAAUGAGACCGCUGUGUUCUGUGUGAAGUUAAUACUUCACGCUUGUGAUAGUUACCGUAAAGUUGCUCUGUCAGGGGGGCGUCCAUCAAGUUCAACUUCAAGCGCAGCCAGCAUUACUGUUUGUAAGUGACCUCAUAUCACCGCAGCUCCUUGUUCCGUUCUGUACUUAUCAUAUGGGUGAUAUAACAGGAGAUGUAUAACAACGAUGUGGUUAAGAUUUAGUAAAAUAGCGGGUUUUCCUUGAAAAGAUGUGCGUCCCUCUUAGCGUUUGGUGAAUACACGUAAAAAAAAUAAAUAAAUAACUGUAGCACGCGAGGAGGAAGUCAGCCGUCAGAGGGGCCCGACAGGUGUCCGCCGUCGCAUCACAAGCAGCACGGUUCUCUCGGUCCGACUGUGCACUAGACCAGUCCACCGUGGUCAUGUGAAGUGAAGCAUGUAAGCUAAUUUGGGGCCCUGGCACCAGCAUGCGUGUGAAACAUGACUGCUAAUGCUCCCUGGGAUAUCUCUGGCAGCAGCCCCGGUGCGGAAUCCACAGCAGAUGGGAGGGUUGCUGUUGUCGAGUCAGAUAUUUACCGCAGCCUUCUGGCUGUCCUCCGAGAGUUGGGCACCUCCACCUCCAUUGUGUCUCACAGCAAAGGAAUGCUGAGAUGGACGCUGCACAAAAAGGUCCAAGACAACUCAUUGCAUUCUGUCCUCUUGGUAAAAAUUGUUCUGAAGGAGCUGGAGAAGGCUGGGAGGUCAAACUGUAAAACCUACAUUGUCCCACUUCUCCACACCCUCAUGUAUGCUGUUAUCCAGUCAACUUGCAUUCCUAAGGAGCUGCUUCAGAGGGCCUACGAGCUGUGCCGGCAUCUGCUGACAUUACCCCAUCCUUACUGCACGAUAGCCCUUGCCUAUGCCACGCAGUUGAAGAUGGAACAGGCCACACCAGGUGCCCUGUACCAGAGGAAAGUUAUUGCUGAGCAAAGCCUGCGGAAUGACAGCUUUCCCUUCCAGGAAAUGCUGUUUGUGUUUGCAGACCCUGCUGUGUUCUCAGACCACCUGGCCGCUGGUGUGGAAGCAGAUGUAGAGCUGGCGGGCACAGCUCAGAGGCAGAAGAACCACAUGUGUGCAGUGGUGCAGCACACCCUGCAGGCUGUGCUGGGGCAGUCCUGCCAGGCAGCCUCGCUACAGCAGGCUCUGCGGGAGCCCGGCUGCAAUGUGGAGCUGUACUUCCAUAAGGUUGUGGCCACUCUAACUGAGCACACAGGAGGGACUGAAACUGAUCCCAGCACCUAUCACACUACAUUGCAGCAGCUCUACUCUGAUAUUCUUGCAGCUGCAAAGCAAGAUCCAGAUCCCUGCAUCCCCUGCAGUAGCUGUAGCCUGCCCAACCCAGUAAUAACCUUCAAGCUGUGGAGGACUGAGAGUGAGCUGUGGUCAGCAAUAGAAAAAUUAAUUUGCACAAAUUCCACUGAGCAAAACUGCAUUAGCCAGGAGCCAGCUGAGAAGGACCUUGAUAUGGCCCACUUUGCGACACCCCAUCAAUCCAUCCUUUCCAGAGACAGCGGCAUUGAGGGGGACCUUCCAGUUAGCAUGCCUGCAGAUUCAUCGUUGAGGCUACAACAGCGGCCAUUUCUGUCCCGGAGAAACUGCCAGAAGAGGAAACCCUCUCUGUCUGACCGGUUGACCCUGAUGAAGACUGCCCUAGAAGAGAAGGGGGUCAAUACUGGGCUGAUGAGAAUACUGAGGGGUGUUGGCAACACCCUCCCAAAGGAAGAACGUCCUUUUACAGCUCGCAUCCUGGUGAUGGGCGAUGAUCGGUCUACGGGGAGGCUUGCUAAGGCCUACUACUCUCUCAGGCAGAGGGAGGCCAGGCAUCUUUGUCUGACUGCAAAGGUGAACAUGGAGUUCUAUUACAUCCCUGUCACUCAAGAACCCAGCAUGGCACCUGUUACAGAGGAAAAUGAACUGGUAGUAAACAGACACAUGACUUUGGCCUCCUAUCUGGCAAAAGUGGAUCCGUGGUAUGAAUGUAACAUCAUCAGCCUGGGACACAUGAUUCCCAAGAUGGCAAAAAUGCAGCUAAACACUAGCAGGACCGUGAAGUCCCAUUCCUUCCUACCAGACAUUAUCGCCUACUAUACUCGUACAGGGGUUUAUCCAGUCCACUUCACCAUCUACUCUGUCAAGAUCUCCUUCUCAGACCCAGCCAAGGAGUCAGUGGAUGAAGUAUUUCUCAGCCACCUUGGCAUAGAUUCUGCACAGUUUAAAAUGCUUGAUCUAACAGAGGCAUCUUUCAGAACUAAAAAGACUCCAGUGGAAAUGUGUGGAACAGUUCUUUCUGUCAGUUAUAGAAAGGUCUCUGUGAGCAGCAGAGAAGAUGACAUUGGGUUUUCACUUAGAACAUCUUCUGUAUCCAUCAGUGCCAUCCCCUCUAAUGAAACUGAAGACUUGGAUUGCCUUGUAGUAACUUUUGAUAAUGCAAAAAGUUUAUUGGAAUCCUCCAUUAGAACAUGCAGUAUUAAGAUCAGGACUCUGGAGAAAAGGAUGUUCACAGUUUGCCUUGACAAGGAUUCGCGCAGGACGUUUACCAAAGUUCAGAGCAUUGAAAUUUCCCCAUGUGUGGAUCCUGCAUACAACCUUGAGAAGAUUGAGAAACCCAAGUUUAGUCUGGGGCAGGAGAAGGAGAAGAAAGAGAAAAAAAGGAUCCACAACAAGGAUUCAACCCUGACUCUGCCAAUCAACACCUUCGCUGGCAACAUCUGCUAGUCCAUAGUUGUGGAUGCAUGACAUGAGACAAAGGCAGGGAUGGUGGCUAUUGUGUGAUGUGAACAAUGACAGAGGAGAAAGGAGGCCUGUUUCUACUCCAUUGUCUGCUGUGCGCCCAUUCCCCCCUUAAGUUCAGCACAGUUAUCCUGCAGUCUGUGUGCUGCUGUUUUUCUAGAUGUUGUGUUCAGUGUGUAAAACUACAGUCAGUCAGUCAAUCAAUCAGUUUCCUUUUGCUUCUUUUAGUGAGUGUCGAGGUGACAGUAGGUUCGGCCGGAAGGCCCAAACCUUCCUUCCCACCAAGUCUUCAGCUCCUGUUUGAGGAUCCCCAGGUGUUUCUUGGCCAGGUGAGAGAUUGAAUCUUACCUGUGUGUCUUGGGUCUGCCCCAGGGUCUCUUCCCAGCAGCAUGAGACCAGUACAACUCUAGUGGGACCUGCCAGUACCAACUCAACUGAUUCCUCAUCAUCUGGAAGAGCAGCAACUCCGAGGCUCUCCCGGAUUUCAAAGUUCCCACCCUGAUAAGAAACUACAGCCAUCUUCAUCUCCGACACCCCCUGGAGGGAAAAUUGGCUGCUUCUGGAAAUCUGAUAACUCAUGAUCUAGCAAGGAAAUAUUCUACUGCAACCGACUCAACUUGAAGAACUUGAUUUAUUAGCCUCUGGCCUGUGUUCUUCGAAACAAAGAAAUUGAGGAAGUUCUCAUGGGCAUAUAAUGAUUUAUAGUAUAUCACAACUCAUAUCGCGUGUGUACAAACUGACCUCAUUUUCUUUCAUAUAACAACUGCCAUACCUUCCAAAGCUGCUUGGAAUGGAAUGUAAUUUGAUGCCAAGUGUACAGGAUAUUCACAAGAUGAACACUGGUCUUUUAUGAAUGAAUGGAUGGUGUGUGUUAAUUUUAUAUUUAUGGUUAAUUUAACAUUAAAAUGUGUAUGCUGUAUUUCAUGUAUUUAAAUGAAUGACUGUAUUCAAGUAUACUGCUACUAAAGUUUAACUGGAAGAUGGUAUAUGAAAAUACACAUACAUCUUCAGAACCACUUGUCCCAUACGGGGUCGCAGGGAACCGGAGC